CGUGCUCGGAAGUUGACGUGUUGUGGGCGGGGUUUAUAAAGUCAUGGCGGACGCUAUGAAGAACGUGGAAGAAAUCCGAAGUCGGGUGAUUUUGGGGGAAUUUGGUGUCAAAAAUGUCCAUACAACGGAUUUUCCGGGAAACUAUCCCGGUUACGACGACACUUGGAACUUGAGAAAAUUCCAAAAGAACUUCAGCAUCAAUGUAGUUCAACUGGAUGAGAACAAUAUGGAGUUUGACAUGGUGGGCGUAGAUGCAGCCAUUGCCAACGCAUUCAGAAGAAUCCUUUUGGCUGAGGUCCCAACCAUGGCCAUAGAGAAGGUGUUUAUCUACAACAACACGUCCAUUGUUCAGGAUGAGGUCCUGGCCCAUAGACUAGGCCUCAUACCUAUCAGAGCAGACCCACGCUUGUUUGAAUACAGAAACUCAGGUGAGGACACAGGUGCAGAAGAGGGCUCAGAGAUUGACACCAUCCAGCUCCAGCUAAAGGUGAAAUGCAGCCGUAACCCCAGGGCCAGCAAGGACUCUUCAGAUCCCAAAGAGCUCUACCUGCACCACAUGGUGUAUUCCAGAGACCUUAAGUGGAUGCCCAUUGGAAACCAGGCAGACGUGUUUGCAGAUGCAGUUAUUGGACCAGUGCAUGAUGAUAUUCUGAUCGCACAGCUGAGACCAGGACAGGAGCUGGACAUUAUCAUGCAUUGUGUCAAAGGCAUUGGUAAGGACCAUGCUAAGUUCUCGCCUGUGGCUACAGCCAGCUACAGACUUCUCCCAGAGAUCACGCUGCUGGAACGGGUGGAGGGGGAGCAGGCGGAGCGGCUCCAGCGCUGCUUUUCCAGAGGUGUCAUAGAGCUGGAGGAGCACAAUGGGGAAAAGGUUGCCAAAGUUGUAAACAGUCGUCUGGACACAUGCAGCAGAGAGGUCCUUCGGCAUGAUGACCUAAAGAACUUGGUGAAACUUGGACGUGUACGGGACCACUUCAUCUUUACAGUUGAGUCGACUGGCAUCCUCCCACCUGACGUCCUGGUGACAGAGGCCAUCAAAAUGCUUAUGAGCAAAUGUCAAAGGUUUCUCAGUGAACUGGACUCUUCAGAUAUGGACUAACUUAAACAUCAACUUCAGGUCAAGUUGGACAGUGGCUUGGAAAGGUCCUCGGCAGCCCAUGAUUGGAACAUGCUAGUCCCUAGACUUAUGCAAUCUACACAAAUGGACAACAUAAUAAGUAAAUAAGUGCAUUGCUCGGACCAUGGACACUUGGAAAUGUCCACAGUGUACACGCAUAUUAACAUCACACCACAUCAAACAUCACCCUCAUGAACAGACAAACUGUUUCACAUGCAUUUAGAAGUGGACCAUACAUUUUGAUAAUAUUGUGAACUUUGCUUUUUGAAAAUUUUAAAACUAGUUAAAAACUAGUGUCUGAAAAAAAUCUGAUAAAAUAAUGGAACAAACUUAUGUUGUCUUUUCAAACAGGACACAUUUAACACUUUACACAUUGGAUUCAUAUAAAUUUUACUCAUUAUUGUAAUCACAGUAUUCAAAUGAAAAAUACUCAAAAGUCAAAAUACCAUAAUGAAACAAUCUAACAAAACCAACAUAGGCUUAUAUAGAAAUUAUCUAUUAUUUAUUAAGUGUAUUGUUCAUGCUCAUCCUCUCAUACAUAACAUUGUAUCUGUAAUAAAAUUACGAACUGUAACACCUCAA